UCGCCACCGAAGGACGACGACUCAUGCCAAUCACGCAGACAGACGGCGUCAUGCUUCUGUCGAUGGCUAAGACCGUGCGUCAACGCCAAUUCGUCCUUGCCCUGCUGGCUACACAACACGUCGAACGGCCACUGAUCCCCGAAGUUCGUUUCAACCUGGACGCCAUGACGGAUGCUAACGCAGUGCUCGACUACCGCUUUGACGUCGUGGGCAUCCGCAAACUCGGCUACUACCUCGGCCUACCAGCGGUGGUGGUAACCGAAAACUGGAGCCGUGCUUUACGCGACGAAGCAAUGUGCAUUGUCCUCGGUCGGAUGGCAUUUCCAACAAGGUUGCACGGGAUGUCCAAAACAUUUGGACGAUCCCGCUCGUCUAUUUGUGAUGUCUUCCUCCACACCAUUAACUUGUUGUAUGAGAUAUGGGGAAACCUACUCUACUUCAAUUUGAGACUUGUAGCAAAAAAUAUUCAAAGGUAAUUCGACAUACUAGUAACGUGAUGUAGUAAUAUAUUGGGUUGCC